CCGGAGCAGGAGAGUGGCAGGAGGCCAUGCGUAUACCAUCCAGCCACGAGGCUCAGGCAGCCGGAUUACGCUGGAAGUAGGUAGGAGAAAAUGCCACCCCAUAAUGUGCCGAAGUGAACUGAAUGGAACGCAAGCUGAUCCACUGCCAUUAUUAACUAAAGCUAACAUUUGAUUUGUACUAUGCUGAUUGCAGGUCUUUAUUCUAUGUGGCAUGUUUGAAUAUAUCCUGUGUUCUCUCACUCCGGUCUUGAUCUUCAUGUGCUAGUUCAACAGUGUCCCUUACCCCAUUUGUGUGCUGCAGGUGCUGGCCCUGCUGCUGCUGGCUAUGCCCGAGGCCCUAGGCGGCGCGGCGUGCGUGGACGUGCCCCUGGCACCCGCCUGCCUCUCGCUGCCCUUCUGCCUGCUGGGCCUCCUGGCCUGCUCCACCCACGUGCUCAUGUGCACCUCCGCCGAGGCCAACUGCUACUUCUGCUCCCUGCCAUGGCCACUGGCCUUCAGCGCGCUCCUCUUCGUCGCCGCGCUGCUCUGCUCCCUGGCGGCAAUGGCGGGCAAGCGCUUCAGGCUCGCCGGAGAUCCGCGACCCAAGUCUUCUUUGGACUGGACCCUGUCCGAGCUGGAUAUCUUGCUGCUGACCGGCACAGUCGGCCAAACCCUCAGCCUGGGUGCCAGUAGCUUCAUAGAGGAGGAGCACCAGACCUGGUACUUCCUGCUCAACACCCUGUGCCUGGCCGUCUUCCAGGACGUCUGCAGGAAGUAUUUCAAGGAGAGGAGAGUCCUGGGUGAGGAGAGAGAGGAAAGCUCCCUCCUCCCGUCUACGACUGACGGGGACCCGCUCCGGCCGUCUUUCUCCCCUGCAACCGAGCUGGGCGUCAGCUUGGGGGCGGAGAAGUGGCUCGCCCUGACCACACCCCUUCUCACUCUGGUUUGCUGUCGGCUGCUGAGGUCUCUCAACCAGACCGGAGUUCAGUGGGCACACCUACCUGAUCUGGGCCACUGGCUCAACAAUGGAGAACAUAAGGUCUUCCUGUCUGUGCUGGCUGUGUUCUCUCUACUGCUCAUCUUCUUACUGGUCCAGCGCCACUGUUCCCUGGUGUCCACGAUCGCCCUGGCACUCGGUCUCCUGGGAAUCUACAGCUACCGCGCUGCUGUUGGUAGCGUCCUGUUCCCAUGGCAACACACGAGCCGAUCCAUCUCCAAAGGAACAGGCGAGGCACGCUUCGUCUAUGUCUUCGUCCUCGGGAUCCUCUUCACCGGCGUGAAGGACCUACUGUGCUCUCAGGUGACGGCAGCGGGUGGCGGCGGGCACCUGCGGAGCAGGGGGUUGUGGGAGGUGUACAGUGGCAUGGUGCUCCUGGUGGCUCUGCUCCUACGGCCACACAACCUGCCCACGCUGGCUUGCUGCCUACUCGUGCAGACGCUCAUGGUCCAGUUUGUCUGGGAGAGGCUGCGCUAUGACGCCGCCCAGAUCACCAUCAUGCACUACUGGUUCGGGCAGGCCUUCUUCUAUUUUCAGGGGAAUUCCAAUAACAUAGCAACGGUGGAUAUAUCGGUGGGGUUCGUGGGUCUGGAGAGCUAUGUGGAGGUUCCUGCAGUCAUCCUCACUGCCUUCUGCACGUAUGCAGGCCCAGUACUUUGGGCCUGCCAUCUGAUGUGCUACCUCAGCUCCGAGAGGGACAGGGCUGCUGGCGCUCUGUCUCACGGCUGCUACUGCCUGGCCGUGCUGCGCUCAGUGCCCGCCGCUCUCUAUGUAGCGCUGACCACGGCCCUGCGCUACCACCUCUUCAUCUGGAGCGUCUUCUCGCCCAAGCUACUGUACGAGGCCACGCACGUGCUCAUCGCCGCGGCGGCGUGUCUCAUCUUCACCGCUGUGGACCACGACCACGCGUGUAGCCUGUGA